AGGUGUCGCUGCCGUUCACUGGAAGCUCCACAGACGUACACGUGCCCAUCCUGUGCGAGCCGCGCGUUCACGCGACCAAUCCUAACCUAACUUCCAGAGCAACGGUGGAAGUUUGGUGACGGGAAAACAAGACUUCGUUGAUAGUGCUGAAGCUAAACCAGCGAAACUACGGAAGCAGGCACCAACUGAGCAACCACUAUGGACGAUUUAGAUGCUUUGCUGGCAGACUUGGAAUCAACAACAUCCCACAUCUCAAAGCGUCCAGUCUUUCUACCUGAUGAAACUCCGUACUCCAUCCCCACUGGAGGAAAGUCCUUCCAAGAUGUGUCAGCACCUCCCCCACUUCCUCCCCCACCCUCAGCAGAGGCUCUGAACGGCACCCUGACAGAUCAGCCCAAUUCCCACCACUCAUCUCAGCAAUCUUUAGGUUCAGCCCAGAAGAGCUCGUGGUCCAGGGACAGCAGCAGUUCUCCCAUAUCUCACGCUGAAGAGGACCACGUUUACAGUUUUCCAAACAAACACAAGACAUCAGACUCGUCCUCUGCAGCAAUGACGUCUGGCCUGGGCAGUAACCUGUCUGAGCUGGACAGACUUCUGCUGGAACUCAAUGCAGUCCAACAAAGCUCCCCUUCCUUCCCCACCACAGAAGAGGCAGCUCCACCUUUACCAUCCUGCAGCAUCACUCACUUUGAAAAUGGGGGCGCCCCUGAGAUCCUCGUCAGCCCCCCGUCUCAGGAGACAUCAAAGAGAAACGGGGCAAAGCUGGAGGAAUCCCGACCCACGGUGAAGAGUCUGCUGGACGAGCUCGAAGGCUCCGUGCCUUCACCGAGCCCUCCUGCUCGUCACGGUGACUUGGAUACGCCAUCGCAACAACAAGCCCGGAUUUCAGCUUCCUGUGCCACGAGGGAACUGGAUGAACUGAUGGCCUCUUUGUCUGACUUUAAGCCUAAUUCUUGGGGGGCUUUGCAAGACCCAGCACCCUCCAGCUUUCCUUCAGUUUCCUCCCCUGUCACCCCGGUGCCUCCCUCUUCCUUCAGUCUGUCCCACCCACCUGCCUCUGCUCUCCUCUCGUUGUCUGCCGGUUUAGAGCUGCACAUAGACGAGGAUGGAGGCAGCGGUGGGAGGUUGCUGCCUCGUCCAGGCCGGCUUCCUGCUCACAGUCCUGCGUCCUCGCUCUCCGCAGCGAGCGACAUGGACCUGGACUCUCAGAUCGAUGUUUCUGCCUCCAUGCUGGCUUCACAAACCAAGACCCUGCUAGUGCUCUCUCAGUCUGCUCCCUCUAACUCCAGUUUGUUGUCAAAUGGCUCGAGUCCGUCCAACACCGCCAACCUCUUUGCCUCUUCUGUGGACACUGUCCUGGACCAGAAGGUCUCCAAGUCCCCCAGCCUGUCUGGGGAGCGGAUCUCGCCAUCAGCUUCUGUUGGUAAAGUGUCUUGUGCUGCGGAAGAGUCUGCCUGCUUCAAUGACAAUAAUUUUAAUUUUUAUACCUCACUUCCUUCAAGAAGGCUCACUCCUCCAGACUCGUUACCCCUUCCUGUUGCUGUGUCACAACCGUCCGCAUACAGCCCGUCCAAAAUGUCCUCGCCAUCUCCGGUCUCCUCAGUGAUGGUGCCCUCCCCUCCUAAGUUCACCAGCACCAGCAGACAGCUGUCACCAAUAGCCCAGUGCGACACCCCUCUCACUGUGCAGCAGCCUUCCCUGGACGAGGCCUUGGACAAGCUGCUGGAAAUGAGCUUCAGCUCCAACCACACAGGAGAGGAGGCGCACCUGAGCAUGGACACGUGUCACCUUCACGGAGGAGUGCAGGAGGAGCUCAUCCUGCCAAUGGACAGAAGCGACGUGCAGCCGGACACUUUCACCGGAGCGACCAACACUCUCACGGACUACUCGCUGGACGGGGGCACCGAGGGGAACGGAGACCUGGAUUGGGCUGAUGAGGAGCUGUCCAUGUCCCUGCGCGACGGGCUGGACGGCACCAUGACGCCGUACACCGAGAGGCUGUACACAGACGGCAGCAUGACGCCGCUGACCGAGGCCAGCUGGAUGGAUGAGUCCAUGACCCCCUCCUCGUGCCCGGGGAGCCCUGACGUUGCUCUGGACCUCCCUCUGCUUCAGACUCCCACUAUCGACCGAGUGUCUGCAACAGGACAUAUCAAAUCAGUCAUCAGGCGUACUAAGGAGACGCCCAACGUUCACCCCAUGUACCGGGACGGCCACUUACGCAGGAAGAUGGGGCCCAUCAUCGUGAACAAAAACAGCUCCCAGGACCGCCUCAUAGAGGAGCUGCAGGGGAAGCUGGGGAUCGCUCGCUCAGAGCGGCGGCGCAAACAGUCUGAUGACUGGCUGACCGAAGGCGUCGUGAUCACCUCCAAACCUCAGCGUUUCCGUCCUGAAGGGGGUUCCACUGACGUGGACAAGAUCGUACUUCCCCCGGAGUCACCUCUCCCCGCCAGGAGAGUACUCCCUCCUCUGUCUCCCCCCGCCUCUCGCCGACCCCCCGUUGUAGAAGAACCUAAGGUACAACUCCCACUUCAGCACCCCCCUGUCCCGAUACCACCACCUCCUCCUCCACCUGCCUGCACCCCCCCACAAACCACCCAGGAGCCAGCUCCCGCUGCGCCGCUACAAAUUAAAACAACCCCGCUUCCACAAGCCCCAAUUCAGGACCCUCCAGCUCCAAAACUGGAGCCCCCUCCUGUUCUCAACGCCCCAACCAGACCACCUCCAGUGGAGCCCGUACAACCAGCUGCACCCAAAGUCCUGGUGUCUGUAGGCUGCCAAACCGAGUAUGACCCAAUCUUCCCUCCGAUGCAGAUUAUGGCACAAGGGAAAGGCGGUGCUCCCGGCGGGCCUCCAACACAGGUCAACAAGCUGGACAACAUGCUGGGCAGCCUGCAGUCUGACCUCCACAAACUCGGGGUUCAGACGGUGGCUAAAGGAGUCUGCGGGGCCUGCUGCAAGCCCAUUGUGGGACAAGUGGUGACUGCCAUGGGCCGCACGUGGCACCCUGAACACUUCGUGUGCACGCACUGUCAGGAGGAGAUAGGCUCCAGGAACUUUUUCGAGCGGGAAGGACAGCCGUACUGCGAGAAAGACUACCAUAAUCUGUUCUCUCCACGGUGCUACUACUGCAACGGUCCCAUACUGGAUAAAGUGGUAACGGCGCUGGACCGGACAUGGCAUCCUGAACACUUCUUCUGCGCUCAGUGUGGAUCCUUCUUUGGCCCAGAAGGUUUUCAUGAAAAGGAUGGAAAAGCUUAUUGCAGGAAGGAUUACUUUGACAUGUUUGCGCCAAAAUGCGGCGGCUGUGCCAGAGCCAUUCUGGAAAAUUACAUCUCUGCGCUGAACUGCCUCUGGCAUCCCGAGUGUUUUGUUUGCAGAGAGUGCUUCACCCCAUUUGUGAACGGAAGUUUCUUCGAGCACGACGGCCAGCCCUACUGUGAAGUGCACUACCACGAGCGGCGCGGCUCCCUCUGCUCCGGCUGCCAGAAGCCCAUCACAGGACGCUGCAUCACAGCCAUGGCCAAGAAGUUCCACCCGGAGCACUUCGUCUGCGCCUUCUGCUUGAAGCAGCUCAACAAAGGCACCUUCAAAGAGCAGAACGACAAACCCUACUGUCACGGCUGCUUCGUCAAACUUUUCAGUUAGGGAUCCGAUGAGCUCAGUGAAGCUGAAUCCAAAUCAGUGCGUCUCAAUGAUUGCAAGGUUUUUCUGAGUUUUGGGAAAGAAAAAAAACAUUACACUAUAUUCUUCAUGAAGCUGCCUUUUUAAGUGUGCAGAUACUUUUAUAUUUGAAAGGAUUCUUUAUAAACAGGAAGAAGGAAACCAGUUUUAAAGAUAUGGCUAAACCUCAUUUUUAGUGUCUUUUCAGACUGAAUGCAAUAACACUGAAAUCCUGCAAAUACUGUGAGUGCUUGAUGGUGUUGCUCACUGGUUGAGUGGUAUUUUUAGACGUUUUUGACAUUUUUUAUGAAAACGUUUGGGUGAAUCAAUCGGGUUUACUCUUUUAAAAACUCUGUUCAACUCUUUUUUUGAAGGUAGAAGAUAACGGGCAUGGUUUCUGUCUCUAGUCAUCCACAUAAUGCAGUUUUCACCUCAUGUGACGCCAAAUCAUUCCUUAACUUCUCAAUAAAAAACCAAUAAAAUAGUGAUGUGAAGGGAGGGCUGCAUCCAGACACUGGGGGGAGGAGUGUAGAUUACAGCUCAGUUACAGAUUUUUACUUCUUUGUUUUAAUAAUCCAAUGCAGCUACACCUUUGAACUUUCUUUGUAUGCGUUUUGCAGCCACUUCUUCCAACAGUAGAGGAAGCUGCAGUGAAGGAGUAGCAAAGACAGUUUUGCUGUUACUGUUUUGGGAAACUGUUGAAUGUUGAGCAUUACACUAAUCUGUGAUAUUCUUGUAAAUAUGCAACUGUGGAUUAACACCUUUGUGUUGAAGCAUGUAUUUACCGUGGCAUUGUUUCUCAGUCCUAUGUCGAAUAACACUGGUAAAUCCAGAAACUUCCUGGAGGCAGGUUAAUAGUCUGUGUCUUGUUGUGCUGUUAGAGAGUGCUUUUUAAAUGUGAAGGCCACUGAUAUACAGUAGACUCGUGUGGUUUGCUAGACGAGGAUCCGUGAUUUACUUCAACAUCUCACCAACUGGCUUCAUCUCUACAGUUAAAUAAAAAAAUGGCCUUUUAUUUUUUUUUUCAGGGACUUCAUUGUUUUCUCUUUAUUUAUCAUAUAACCAGCCCCUUUAAAUUAGAGUAACAGUUUUACCAAAGCAAUACCCAUUUUAUUUGUUACUGUGCCUUUUUUUCUUUUCACUUUGAAUGUCAAUAAAUAAUAAAAAGUGAAUUUCU